AUCAGCUCCUGAUCAGAUCCAAAAGCCUGCAGGGUUUGCCAUUGCUGCUGAAGAAGACAUCAGCUUUGUUCAUCAAGAGAUUCCACCAUACCCGGCGAGAUGUCAGAGGCUUCAUUGCUCAGGUCAUCCUCCCAGUCCUCUUUGUGAUGGCUGCCAUGGGACUUGGGACACUGAGAACUAAGGAGACUGAAUAUCCUGAACUGCUGCUUUCCCCCUCUCUGUAUGGCACAUCUGACCAGGCAGACUUCUUUGGGAAUUUUAACAAAACCACAGAUGCUUUAGUAGCUUCAAUGCUUGCUUUCCCUGGAACGGACAACACAUGCAUGAAUGAAAGCAACUCGCAGUGUUUAACAGAGGACAUGCUUGGCCAGUGGAUUACCAGUGGAAACCAGAGAACUAAGUAUUCCGCCUGCAACUGCACAGAUGGCAUCCAGAUAUGUCCACAGAUGAACUACACUCCCCCUCACAGAAGGACCUUCUCCACGCGGACACUUUAUAACCUUACAGGGCACAACGUGGAGACCUACAUCCUGGCAACUACCAAAGACUUCCUGCAGAAAAGGUAUGGUGGCUGGAGCUUUGGUCUGCCUUUGACAACAGAUCUCCAGUUUGACAUCAGGCCUGUGCCCCCCAACAGGACAUUGACUAAGGUGUGGUACAAUCCUGAGGGUUAUCACAGCCUUCCUGCCUAUCUCAACAGCUUGAACAACUUCAUUCUCAGAGCUAACUUGCCAAAAAAUGAGACUUCCAGAUAUGGUAUUUUCUUAUCAGCUCACCCAUAUCCUGGAGGACAGAGUCAAGAACAAGUAAUGCUCAACAGCUUACUCGACAUCAUUGUUUCAAUGUCUGUUUUGGUUGGCUACUCUAUCACAACAGCAAGCUUUGUGCUCUACAUGGUCAAAGAACAUCAAACCAAAGCCAAACAACUGCAGCAUAUUUCAGGCAUUGGGAUGACAGCCUAUUGGGUGACUAACUUCGUUUAUGAUCUGGUACUUUUUAUGGUCCCUAUUGGACUUUCAAUAGGAGUCAUUUCAGCCUUCCAGAUCCCAGCUUUCUGCAACAACAGUAACUUACUGGCAGUAUUUCUUCUGCUGUUACUGUUUGGAUAUGCAUCAUUUUCAUGGAUGUACCUGCUGGCUGGGUUUUUCAAGGAAACAGGGAUGGCCUUCAUUGUUUAUGUCUGUGUCAACUUGUUCUUUGGCAUCAAUACCAUCAUUACUCACUCAGUUGUAUUUCUGCUCUCCCAGGAAAAGGCCACGGACCAGGGCUUGCGUGAUCUUGCUGAAAAUUUAAGGCAUGUGUUCCUCCUAUUCCCACAAUUUUGCUUUGGCUAUGGCUUGAUCGAACUGUCGCAGGAUCAGGCACUGCUGGGCUUCUUAAAAGCUUAUGGAGUGGACUACCCUGACAAAACUUUUGAGCUGGACAAGACCACAUCCAAGCUGCUUGCCAUGUUUAUCCAAGGCACUGUGUUUUUUGCCAUUCGUCUUACAGUUCACGACAGGAUGAUUCAGAGAGUCUGGAACAAUAUACUGGAGUUCCUGUUUGACAGGGUACAUGGCAAAGCAUCACUCCUGCCACUGGCAGCUGAAGAGGAUGGGGAUGUCCAGGCAGAGAGGACCCGGGUGGAGUCUGGCAAAGCUGACUUUGACGUGGUGCAGCUCCAGAAUCUCACCAAGAUCUACCACCUUCCUCACAAACGCAUCGUGGCUGUGAAAAACAUCAGCCUUUUCUUCCCCACAACCCAGUGCUUUGGCUUGCUUGGUGUGAAUGGAGCUGGAAAGACAACAAUCUUUAAGAUGCUGACGGGUGAUAUCGGAGCAUCCAGCGGAAGGCUGCGGGUCCAGGAUCAUUCUGGGUCCUUGAAUGAUAUUAGUGAGGCACACUGGUCGCUCUUUGGCUAUUGUCCUCAAGAAGAUGCCUUGGAUGACUUGCUGACAGUGGAAGAGCACAUGUAUUACUAUGCUAGGCUCCAUGGCAUCCCAGAGAGGGACAUCAAAGGAGUUGUACUCCAGCUCCUCUACCGGCUGAAUUUGAUGGCAUACAAGGACAGAGUCACCUCUAUGUGCAGUUAUGGCACCAACAGAAAAUUGUCAACUGCGCUAGCUCUCAUUGGAAAUCCAUCGAUUCUGCUGCUGGAUGAACCAAGCUCUGGAAUGGAUCCAAAUGCUAAGCGCCACCUUUGGAAAAUCAUCAGCGAGGAAGUGCAGAACAAAUGCUCAGUGAUACUCACAUCCCACAGUAUGGAAGAGUGUGAAGCCCUCUGUACCAGGCUAGCUAUCAUGGUGAAUGGGAGUUUCCAGUGCAUUGGCUCUUUGCAGCAUAUCAAGAGCAGAUUUGGAAGAGGUUUUACCGUGAAGAUGCACUUAAAUAGCAACACAGUGUGCACUGAGAUGCUGACAGAGUUCAUGAAGUCACACUUUCCAAAUACAUGCCUGAAGGAUCGGCAUUUCAACAUGGUGGAGUAUCACGUUCCAAUCUCUGCAGGAGGGGUAGCAAAUAUAUUUGAUCUCCUGGAAGGCAGCAAAGCAGCUUUCAAUAUCAGGCACUUCUCCGUGAGUCAAACGACGUUAGAGGAGGUUUUCAUCAACUUUGCUAAAGAUCAAGCAGAUCCUGACGGCGCGGAUGCAGGUCCUGAUGUGACACUGGAUAGCUCUGACACAAGUAGCCAAGCUAGUACCAUAAGCUCCAUCUAUUGA